CGAACAUCAACCAUUCGCAACCCCCUCCCUCCGACCAUAUUCUUGGAUCAUUUGGUUUUUAGCGACACGGUCGUGUCCUUUCCAAAUGAAGUUGAAAUGCAUAGUAUUUAAAUCCCUGAUCGUGUUACAGGGGGAUCAGGACUGGUUAACACAAAUUAUUGUGUAAGUAGGCGUGGACGGAAGCAAUGUUUUCACAACAGCAAAACAGGCUUUUAAACGGUGCGAAUUGAUGACUAUAUAAUAAAAGGAAUCAUUGUGAACUCAACGGGAGUCUGUGACUAGACUAUCAGUGUUUGGUACCAAGACGUUUACAUAAAAAAGUAAACGUGAACCUGGCGAUAUUUACAUGCGCUAUUAUACCGGCACGCUUUUACCUACCGCUUCAUUUUGACGUAGACAAGCCUCGCUUUAUUAACGUCGGAUCGGGCGAACCCAUCCCCAUGGUGAUUAAUUUGCAUCGGUGAACUGAAACAGUAAUCAUAGGACGUGGAAAGGAUCAAACCACCUCUUGACACGGAAGCAUCACGCAGGAGAAAUACUCAAACCUUUUCUAAAAGCAAACUGAUUUGAGGAAGCAGGAAAUAACGAGGUGUUUCACCCAGUUCUGUCAUCAACGACAACCAUGGUGUAUCGUGCGAGGAUCCACGCGCUGUUUCUUCUUCUGGCGCUUUGCAGCACCUUUCCCAAUGGAUCUGACCAGAGGAUGAGUACCCAGUCAGCUCUUCUUGAGAAGCUUCUCUCUGAGUACGGACCCAGCACAGUCCGGCCGGUCUAUAACAUCACGCACACGACCACAGUCAUUCACCGCCUUCUUAUCACACAAGUCAUUGAACUGAACGAGAAACAUCAAACAAUACAGAUCAGUGGAUGGCUACGGCAGACUUGGGAUGACGAGUUCCUGAAGUGGGACCCAGCUGACUAUGACGGAGUGGACAACCUGUUCGUACACAAAUCCAAGGUCUGGCUCCCAGACACAACGCUGUACAAAAAUGUGGACAAAGACUUUGAGAGUUACAAGGACAUCUCCGUGCAGAUUCGCCACAACGGGGUAGUGAGCUGGGGUACCCCUGUCAUCCUCAAAUGCACCUGCUUGAUCGACGCCCGUCUAUUUCCCUUCGACACCCAGGUCUGCCAGCUUCGCUUCUCCUCCUGGGCGUUCGACGGCUCCGAGGUCGACUUAGUCCGACAGGAAGGAGCCCAGGGAACCCAGGCACACUUCGCCGACAACGGAGUGUGGGAGCUACUUCUCGUGGAUGUGGUGAGGGAGGAGCAGUGGUAUGCCUGCUGCCCGGCCCCUUACCCGGAGAUCUCAUACUUCUUGCAUCUCCGUCGCCGCCCUCUAUUCCAUGUCUUGAACAUCAUCCUGCCUUGCGUCUUGUUGUCCAUCUUGAACCUGAUGGUCUUCUCGCUGCCUCCGGAGUCCGGGGAGAAGAUCCAGCUGGGCAUGACCAACCUCUUGGCCCUGGUCCUGUUCCAGCAGCUCAUCAGCGAGUCGUUGCCUCCUACCUCGGACAAAUCGCCAAUUAUUGGCUUUUACUUUACACCGAUGAUCGCCAUUGGCUGUAGCUCCAUCAUGUGCACGGUACUGGUGCUCAGCCUGUUCUACCAUGACAACAGCCGUCCAGUGCCUCGCUGGUUGCGCUCUCUCGUCCUGAAAAUAGCCGUCGUGGUGUUCUACAAGGUCAAAGUUCACCACCCACCACCAAAAGACCGCGGUAACUGCAACCCCAACUUCAGUCUGGACGGCGAGGAGGACAACAAUCGCUUUCAGGACUCGGACUCGGGGGUGCUGACAGCGACUUGUACAUUCACCGAUUCGUCGCGUUCCGUGAACACCGAGGAUGCAUUCGCAGCCGGCGCGGGAGAGGUCGACGCCGACGCCAGGUACGACGGCCAACGCUCGGGCAAAACACGCUGCACUAGUGCAACUGCUUACAGCAUGCACUUCAUGCAGAAGUUGUACUCAAACGGAAGCGAGUCUGCAGCCAUUAAUAACGGAACAGCCCAAGAAUCCACCAAAGAUGCGGCUACGACUGGUUCGAGGAGACCGGCGCAUUCUGGCAGGAAGCACAUCGUGAACUGGAAAGACGUGGCAUUGAUUAUUGAUCGUGCCACCAUGAUCUUAUCUGUAUUAAUCACAUCUAUCGCUCUGCUUAUAACUGUUAUCUUUUUCGUUGUUGAGAUGUAGAGUAUGCGCCCAUUUGCACGGUUGGUUGAAAAAAAAAACAGGUUUUAAGUUCUUAAA